GCCGGCAGUAGCAGCAGCCCCACGCUAUGCACUCCUUCCUGGCGCUCCCUGGCGAUAAAUACCCGGAGAAGGCUUAGCAACCGAAAGGCGGGACUUGCCUGACUCGCACCGCUGGGAGUAGCUUUUCCGGGACCAAGCUUUUUGAGCUUCUGAUUGGCUUUCCAGGGAAAGGGGAUGGUAUGAUUGACGGCGCUCAAAAUGGCGGCGCCCAUGGUUAUUCCUGAUACCGAAAGAGUUCGAAAAGCUGUGACCUUGAUCAAUGCUCUGGAUACAGGCAGAUUCUCCCGCCUUCUCUCCCGCAUUCUUCAGAAGCUUCACAUAAAGGUUGGUAUAGAAAGUGAAAAUGACCCCAAAUCACUCAAUGUUAUCUGGGCAGCUUUCAAAUAUAUGAACUUCAGUUGCCAGAAUCCUAUAAGUAGCCAUGUGGGCCAAUAA